AACAAAAUAAUGAAAUCAAACCUUAACCACUCUUUCAAAAUGAAAUGUGAUUUUGAUUCUGUGUCUCUUCACGCUGGGUUUGCACCAUUGAAAUCUGCUGUGGAGAAAACAAGACUGGAAGAAUCCUGCCCCUUGAAUUAUGAGGAAGGCUUUUGUAAAAGCUGUGCUGAAGAGCAUCAGAAAAUACUCCUUAGUGACUCAUACCAUGCGGCCACCAGAAAUCUAGAUCUUGAAGAUGAAGGAAGACCUGUACAUAACAAAGAAAACAAACAAGUAACCCAGAGACUUGAGGAAGGUAUCUAUGAAGUGGAGGCACUGGAAAACAGUAAAUUUAAUGAGGACAGUGGUUAUUCCUCUAUGUUAAGUAAUCAAUACGCUGAUGCAAUAGAACAUGAGGAUAGUAUACCUUUGGCUGGGAAUCUCUGUGGCACACCAAAGCAUUGUCUCAUGAAGAACCAAAAUCAAGCACAGUUUUCAAAGAAGACUUUGUUGCCAGUAAUCCAUUACGAAGAAAUGAUUUGCUCAACUUUGAAAAAAAGUGGUAAAAGAAAUCUCAAGUCUUGGGCUGCGGUAGACAGAAUUGUUUUUAGGGGAAAGGUUGAACUUUGUAACCUAAUUGGAAAGAAAAUGGGAUUAGAUAGAAUAGACAUUCUUGCCGAACUCUUCCAAAAGAACUUGAAGCAUAUAUUAGCAAACAUUUUAAGGCAUCUUGGUGAGAUGGAUUUAAUAAAUUUUGCCAAAGUCAGCACAACAUGGCAGAAGAUUCUACAACAAGAUAAAUGGAUUUUCCAAAUGUAUAGUAAAGCUGUGAAAAACCUUUCUAAUGGCACUAAGGCAUCAGAGCACACUGCAACAAGGGAGUAUGUUCUCUACCGAGCAGCUUUAGCUUCCAUUCAGAAAGCAACCCCACCAAACAACUUGAAUAAAAAAGGCACCAGAUCCAAAGCAUCUAAGAAUCACAGCAGGCUCAUGGAGUUUUCUGAGGCUGCCAAGACCUUGAAAAACACUGAAAGCCUUAAAGUCUGCAGUCGCUGUGGCUCACCUGCAAAGUAUGACUCCUAUCUACAAAGAGCAACGUGCAAUCGUGAAAGUUGUGGCUUUGACUUUUGCACAAAGUGCAUGUGCAUCUACCACAGCUCCAGUGACUGUAUGAGUGGCAAACCAGUGAAACCCAGCUCUAAGCCAGGGCCGCUUCCUGGAACUAAGAAAAGCAAACAGAAUCUACGGCGGUUGUGAUCCAUCCAUCCCAAUACCGGUUGUCAGGUGUCCCAUAAAAGUUUCUUUAGGAUAUGAAGUUAUCCACAAGGAAAAUCAAACAAGAAAAUGCUUUCUGCAAUUCUGUAUUUAAAAAAAGGUUAAUUUUAUUAUUCCUCUGUACUAUUUGGUCAUGUUGAAAUUCCUAGGAAUCAUCACAAAUAUCCAGUUAAGUCUUACUAAUCUAUAAGUUUAAAAGAAAAUUCUGGAUAUGGAUUCUAAUAACAUUUUAAAUAUUGUCCUGACAAUUUGUCUAUUGUGUUCCAGUCUUCAAAACACCCCACAAUAACAUUGAACAAAACAAAAAAGUUUUGGCAAGUAGCCUUCCAUGUGUAACCCUAGCAAUGCCAGAAGGGGGAAGCGUAAACUCAUUUAAAUGUUUACUUUUGUUCAAAAGUCUUUUAAAAGCAUUUAUAGUAAGAAUGUCAAGUGAGGUGAGUGAAGUCCCUUUUAACGUAAAAUUAUGAGAGAGUCUGGAUUUAAUGAUUUUUUUCAAGGCUUAUCCUUAAUUUUAAAAUGUGAAAGUUCAUAAUACCAUUUUCUCUGAUGAUUUACCAUAUGUGAAUCUUAAAUUGUUGCUCUUCCUUCAUUUCUUCAUUCAGAAACUGCAGAUUUUCCUUGAACUGAGGUGAUACCCUUUCCAACUUCAAAAAAAAAAGUACUGUAUCUUGGCUAUACUGCUAAAAAAAAUACUUUGUUUGCCCUUUUUUUCCAAAUCAUAAGAUAAAUUUUUAAUAUUUGUAUAUAUUUGUAAAUACUACUUUAAAUGUUAUUCAUGUUUGUCUUGUAAAUGUGAAAAUAAAUUACUGUU